GCCCGCCGCCCGCUGACCCGGAAGCGCUCUGCCCGCCUGGCGCGGCGCGGCACGGCACGGCACGGCCGGCUGCGGAAGAUGGCCGAGUCGCCGGAGGAGGUGGCGGUGCUGGUGCAGCGGGUGGUGAAAGACAUCCGCAACGCCUUCAAGCGGAACCCCGACAUAGAUGAAAUUGGAUUAAUACCCUGUCCUGAAGCAAGAUACAAUCGGAGCCCAAUAGUCCUUGUGGAAAACAAACUUGGUGUGGAGAGCUGGUGUGUCAAGUUUCUUUUGCCCUACGUCCACAACAAGCUUUUACUCUACAGACAGAGAAAACAAUGGUUGAACAAAGAUGAGCUGAUAGACACCACAUGUACACUGCUGCUGCUGAAUCCAGACUUCACCACAGCUUGGAACGUGAGGAAAGAACUAAUACUUUCUGGCACUUUAAGUCCACUUAAAGAUUUGCAUCUUGGAAAACUGGCGCUAACCAAGUUUCCAAAGAGUCCAGAAACGUGGAUUCAUAGACGAUGGGUGCUGCAGCAGCUAAUUCAGGAAAACUCCUUGCCCACUCUGGUCAAUAAAGGAAACCUGGGAGCAGCACCUGUGGAAAGAAUUCACCAACUAGUGCAGGAGGAAAUGGAUGUCUGCUCUGAAGCUGCUGGGAGAUAUCCAAGCAACUACAAUGCCUGGUCCCAUCGCAUCUGGGUUUUACAGCAUGUGGGAAAGCUGACUGUCAAGGUUCUCCUUGAUGAGCUUUCUUCCACUAAAUACUGGGUUUCCAUGCAUGUCUCAGACCACAGUGGAUUUCAUUACCGCCAGUUCUUACUCAAAUCCUUGAUAGGCAGAACUGUGAAUGAUGAUAAUACACUGAUAAAAAAUCAAAUGGGAAAUGAGCAAAAUUCUAGCCUUCAAACAGAGGAGGAGUGUGAAGGAGCAGAAGCUGUUUGUGUGGAGGAGCAGAAUGUGGAUAUCCCCCGCUAUUUAGAGGAUGAGUUGGAUUUCUGCACUGAUCUGAUCAACACUUACCCAGGGCAUGAAACCUUGUGGUGUCAUAGGAGGCGCGUGUUUUACCUUCAGCACCACUUAAGCAACAAACGUCCUCUGCUGAGUGUGGUGGUCUCAUCUGUGGACAGCAGUGAUGAAACUGUGCAUAAUUCACACCCCAGUCCUGCAACGAGCCACAUGGCACAGGCUAUGGAUGUUGAUGGGUUGAAUGAAUCCAGCAGCAAACAAGGUUAUAGUCAAGAAACAAAACGUCUGAAGCGUGCUCCAAUGCAGGACUCUCUCGUUCAAGAAAUGGAAUACAGGUUUAUAGAUAAAGUUUUAUCAAGUUGUAGAGACGUGGACCAAGCAAGGUUUGCUACUGCUUACAGGAAAUGGUUAGUUACUUUUUUAGGUCAGUGAAGGAAGAAUUUAAAGCCUUGAGAGUUCUUUUAGUGCAAUAUUCUUUUUUUCAGACACAAGUGCAUGUCUUGGUUGCAAGUGUUAGCUAACUAUGUGUUUCUCACUCUUUUACUGGUCAGUCCUAAAACUUCAGAGUACAAUUCUGUCACUUUAUUUAUUAAAGAACUGGCAUAUCUUUCGUUAAGCAAAUGCCAUUGGUUGUUCUUCCAUCUUUUUAAGAAGUCACUGGUUUUCUAUCUAUGCCAGCUUUCUACCAUGCCAUUGUCUUAACUUCUGCAUUAAGGUGGACUCUGAAAUGGUGUGGCUUUCAAGAAAAGGAGAGGGGGGGAUGGGUUGUCUGCUUUUGAAACAGUGUCUGGAGAAAGAAUAAGAUCUGCCAGUGCCAUUUCAGCCUGGUUCCAGGUAGUUCCUGUUCACUGUACUAGAUCUUACUCUUACCUUAAUGGAUUCAGACUAUAUUUGGUGACUACUAUUACUUUUGUAUUAGCUACCUUUGGAAGAACACCAGGCUGCAGAGUUUCUUCCUUAAAGAAUUAAUAGCAUUGGAACCAUGCUUUUUAUUAUUGUGACUAGGCUACUGUUUCCUUAUUAGUUGUUAAGUGAGUUUGAUAAGAAAGUCUCUGAAGCUGAAAUUCUGUAUAGGAGAUGCGGGAAAAUGUAGUAUAUUCUGUCUCAAACACGCAAAUACAGUCAGAGCUAUAUUUGGAAAUAUUUUGCAUAGAGCAGACUUCUUUAACUUCUUUAUUUGUAUUUAUUUAUUUAUUUUACCUCAACAAUUCAGAAUUAAUGACACUUGAUACACUUUUCUGAAUGUAUUAUGUACACUACGGAUUCUCAGCCUGCUGUGUCACACAUUGAUAACAUAUGCUUAACCAAGACUGUACAGACCCAGUAGAUGGUGAGUGCAAAAAUAAUUCUGCUGACUGGUUGUUGAGACUAUACAGUUCAAAAAAGGACAGCUGGACAGGACUAUCUCUUUGCUUUUGUUCUUCUGCAGGGCUUCUGUGACUCCUUCUUUGCACUUCUCCAACCGUAGGACCUCUCUUUAUGUAACUAUGAAUUUUAAGGGGAUUUAAUACACCUUUAUAUUCCAGUGAAAUUAAACGUGAAUGGUUUGUUUUGUCAUUUCCUUUGAAGUUGUCUUUAUAAGGGACUUUUAAGGGAGGAAAUGUUGUACAACUGUGGAGGUUUGUACAAUAGCAGCAUUAUCUCUGUUCCAAACAGGGAAUAUUAACCAAGGGGAUGAGAUUUUCAAGCUAGAGUCUUUGCCACAAUUGCUGUUUAUUUCUCUUGCCCAAAGUGCCUCCUUACCACGAUGAGUUUCAAGCUGCUGUUUCUGUUGGGCAGAGAGAAGGAUCAAGAAAGUGAAAUUAAAAGACACAUGGCCUGCUCAAAAACUUAUCACUUGAAAAGAAGAAAAGCACUUGAGAUGCGUGGAAUUCCAACAGUGCUAAAUAACUUGGUGGAUAAGAUUAGUCUUGCAUUUCAAAAUGAAAAUCGACCAUCUCUAGUCUUAGAGAAGUUCACAAUUCAUUUCAGCCACACAGUAGCAAACAGAUGUUUCUAAAUAUAUGCUCUCAUGUUUAUAAUACCUAUAUAAGACUGAAUUAGGAUGAAGAAGACUGAUUCCAUGCAAAGCUUUGUUUCCGUGAGCAAUUACACCUUGCUCCUGUAGCUAAGUAUAUAUCAUAUGGCUUCUUGUGUUGCAUCUUGGUUGCUCAUUUUGGUUGCAGAAGAAUGUAACUGAUGUGUGAAUCAGGUGUGGGAAUGGCUUAAGAGGAUUAUUACACCAUAAGGUGUUUUCUGCAUGAUUGUUGAAAAAUGAGUAGGUUCAGGCGCAGACUGGAGUCUAAACUAAACUACUUAACUGGGGCAAAAAAUGUACACCCAUCCCAGAGGGCACAGUGUGUUUUGUGCAUUGAGGGUAUGUUAAGGCAUGUGUAGUUAUCUUGGUCAGCUUGAUUACAGACAUCCCAUUAAUGACUAAUACGAACUUGGAAAGUGUGAUGUCAGGUGGCAGGGCCAUAUUUGUGGUCAUUGAGUAGUUAGAGAGUAACUUAACUGUGUUUCCUUUGUUUACCUUUGCAAAAAUUACCUUUUGGUAAGAAUAAUAGAAGCAGGCAGCAGAAGACUGGGAUGUGGGAGCAGGAUACGUAAUAUUUCUUGAACUGUGGAAGAAAUGCUUUUUUCUUGCACUGGACCAACUCAUAUUUUUAAAUGAGCUUGCAAGAUUUAUGCUAGAAUCCAAGUUGAAAUCCAUUAUGUAGUUCUGCCAGACUCUAAUCUGGAGGCUUCAUUAGCUUUCUUAAAGCUAUGUCAUGAAAAGACUGUGCUAUUGAAUUUGACAAUCUUUCUGACACAAAUACUUAAGAUCAAACAGGUGCCCUUAAAUGCCUGUGAGAAGUUCCUGCUUUUGUCAGCAGCAGCAAGGUUUGGUCCUAUAUAAGCAGAGUUGCAUUGUGCAGUCAUACUUGGAAAAUGUUCUGAGAAUGAUGAUUACAGAUGUCGUUGAUAUUUUUAUUACUUGCAUAAGAAAACAUCAGUGGCUGUAGUAUGAGUCCAGAGUUAGAAAACCUAUGCCUGAUUGAAAUGCUCCCAACUUUUAAAAUCAAGUGAAUUGCUGCUUUUAGAGGUGUUUUCAGACCAGACUUUCCUGCACAAAGAACUAAACAGUGAAAAUGAAUUUAAUUGAAAUGAGUCAUAUUUUCCAUGCAGCAACAGUAAGCUGACAAAAAAGGCUUUAUUUUUCAUUUUUAUUGUAAGUUUUAUGAAAGAAGAAAAUAGAUUGCUAAAUGAUUUCAUGCUGACAGUGUCCUGAAGCCUCUCACAUGAGAUGACUAAAAAGGUACUGUCAGCAAAUUGUAUUAAACUCAGAACUGUAGGAUGCUCUAAAACUGUGAUCUUUGGAACAUGCUGAUUCAGUAUUAGUUCAGAGUCUGUCUUGGACAUGACUUGAAAGAAAGAAGAGCAGCUCAGGACAUUGGUAGUUAACACACAUAGAUGUUGCUGGGUACAGAUUAAGGGAAGUGUUUAAUUCACUUUGUGUUUCAGAAGUUAGGGUAUUUUAUGUAGUCAAUAAACGUUCUCAUGGAGAAAAUGUCCAACAGAAGCUGCAGAAUAUAAGGCAUUAACUCUCUGUAAGUUCCUUCAGUUAGAAAAUAAUUGUGUGCAGUCUUUAAGCAUCCUCUUACAAAGUUCAGCAUCUUUACUGAUGUUUUUUCCACUCUAGUAUGUGCUUUACAUUGAUGCCAGUUUGUUUUGUACACUGCAUUAACUCUUAUAGAUUUUUUUUCUGCUAGAAAAAGGGUUUUGAGGAACAAAUGUAAUUUGAAACUACAGAAGUUAGAAUGGGUGUAAGAAUGUGUUGAAUUCUCUGCUGCUACUACAUUAGCUAUUAUUUCACUGGCAUUUGUUAUCUUGUGUGUUACAGUCACUGGAACAACACAUGCAGCAUUAGAUGUAACUUCGUAAUGCUAUGUAAAGUUAAUGUUAGAACACAUCACUGCCACUGCUCAGAUUAGUAUUUGCUAAUCUCCUCCUACCUGGUUAUUAGUGUUUUGUUGACUUAUUACACAUUCUUUAUACAAUCAAAUUCUUGUGACAUUUAAAUAUGGAGAAAAGUAAAUUGUUAAUUUAUGCUGUUUAAUUAGCUUGUUCUGAGAUGAAUAAGCAAAGUGAUAACAUAGUAAGGACGCUUAGAAUCUGUCAUACAAUCAGAAUUUCAGCAUUUCCAGUUUGUGGUAGUCCUACUUUAUUAGAAUAUGUAGCUAGAAUCUGUGGGCAGGAGUGAAUUUUUUUACUAAGUAACAAGAUAAUCUUAAACAGUAUUGUAUAAUACAGAUGAGCAGAAGCACAAAGGGUAUUAGAGAGCUUGUCUGCCUAAGCAGACUCAGUAAGCAUAUUUCUUCAGAAUGACAAAUCCUACAAUGCCUAAAAUGUGACUACUACAGAACAAUUUAAGCAGUGAGUCUUCGGAGAUGUGAUGGUUGAGUUUUUGUACAAGAUUCUGUGGGGUUUUUUUGCUCUGUCUUGCCUUCUGCGAGGGAAUAAUGUUCUUUAGGGUUGUUUUUUUUUUUUUUGUAUCUGGUGGGAAGCGAGUCAUUGCACUUGUGUGGGGAUGAAAAAAAAAAACAGUUUUGGAAAACAAGCAAUGAAGUGGAAUGUAGAUGUGAUUUUUAAAAUAUGUUUGUCUUGUUCAUCUGGGGAUAAGAGUUCUUCACAGUAAGAACUUUUUAAUGUUGUGUAAAGGAAAGAGGAUAAAUCAUCUAUUCUUAAAUGCACUUAACAUUCAAGUUAGCUUCAAAGGAAGGUCAGUGUCCCUGGCUAGGAUGAUUUUUCUUCUUUUUUCCCAUGUGUUCAGAGUGUGUUUCCUUCCAAACUUAUUGUCUGUUCUUCCAACCAGCAAAAGAAGAAUGUAGCAGAGGAGCAGUGAGGUGGCCUCAUUUCAUGUUUAGAUAACUCCGACUACCUCCUGAAAAGUUCUCCUGUUAUUGUCCAUAUGGGGAGUUCAUCACGCUCAGCUUGUUUUGAAGCCUCAUGCUAGGCCUAGAUCCUCUUCCAGAGGUGGAAAGCAAGAACUUUACCUACAAAGCCAUCUAGUUUCCUAGAAGAGUGUAAAGUGGGACAGAGGGUUGUUUUAAGAAAACUUUAUAUAGGGGGAAAAAAAAAAAAAGGCAAAAAAGAAGCUUCAAGCUGUUGUUAAAGUUGGGAAAACUACCACAGUGUGUGCUUCCAAGAAAUACCCCUGUAGUCAGUUAAUGUUUCUGAAGUACAAACCUAACCCUUUUAGUGGCUUUUAUUUAGUGUGUAACGUUACUUCUCAGGGCGUAGUCAAUCGUAGUGAGUUAGGGUACAAUUUCACAGCUUAUAAUCAUUGAUUUAAAAAUAAAACAUAAUUGCUAAACAUGUGAUAACUGUCUAGCAUAGUGUUUUUUAUCUACCCACGCACUAAUACUGUACCUUAGCAUCUCAUCUGCAUUGUAUUUUUAUUCUGUUCUUAAAUUACUGUUGCAGCCUUGCAGGCAGCUCCUGGCAGUCGCUGGGUUUUGUCUCUAUGCCUCCUAAUACAAUUCAGUAAGCAACUCGGUAUCUCACAGGGACAUAGUUGAAAUAACGGGGAUGCUUCUUACUCCUAUCUGUGCUGACACACGAUGUGGCUCUGAUUUUUAUUUAUUUAUUAGCUUCUGUUAGAAGUCCAUACUAGAAUUAACAAAGCUUUUAGUUACUGACAGAAUAUGCUUUUUGCAUGAUGCGACUGUUCUGAAGAUCAUAGCUUCUACCUGAAGUUUAUUAAACAUCUUUAUCUGCACCAUCUCAAACCUGCUGCUAAUCCUCCUGUAGGCGGAGGUGAGAGUGAGCCUGCAGCAAACAGGAGGGUGCCUAUGUCUGUUCACAGGACAUUUUCUGAUUAGGACAUAAUGGUGGUAGAACAAAGAGAUUUUCUUGGAUGAGGCAUCCCUACAGGUUGCUUUUGAAAUUGGUACAUCACUAAUUCAGUCAGAUUCCCCAAAUGGCUGUAUAGAGUGAGUAUAUUUUUUAAUUAAAUGCAAAAAACAACAAAGUACUGAGUAUGCUAUUACAUAUAGAAGAGUCACAUAAAUUAAACAAGGUACCAAAACUUGGUUUUAUGGGACAAAAUAUGUUUAUAUCUAAUGUGCUCGUUUCCUCUUGUUUUAGUUUUUCUUUUUUGAAAUAUCUGUGUUUGAAACUGGGUGGUCAUCUUGUGAAAUGUGAUUGGGAAUGUCUUGUAAAUUUCAUUUAACAAAAAGCAAUGGAUGUCUUGAAUGGUUUUAAGUAGCAUUAAGGUUAAUGACUGUGAUAGAACUAUAGUAUUUAAGUAUGCUAUUAAACACUAAUUUUGUAGUGCUCUUAUGUACAUCAAAGUGCUAUUCUGUGUGGGGCAAAAAUGUUUAUUUUAUCAAGAUACAUGAAAAAUAAUAUUUAAUUCUCAUAGCUUUCAUAUUAGGAAAAAGAACAGUUUUUAAACAGUAUUUUGCAAAAAUUUUUUUAUUCUCAGAUUCCAGUUGUGACCUCUGUAAAAUUUAAGGAGAUCUCCAAAUUAGAUAAAUACUGAGUUUUGUAGCAGAAAGGGUAAGAGAAGGGUAAGACACUGGAAAACAAUGUGGUAAAUGACCAGUGCUCUACAGGAGGGUGACUUUAAAGCAGUAAGUUCAUUUUUCACGGGUUCUGUUUUGUCAUAGUUUGGGGGGUUUUUGUUUGUUUUGUUUUGUUCUUGUCAUCGUUAAAGAUUAAUUAUAUAUAUUUCUGCAUGGUGAGCAUGUGUAUGUACAGGUGGGUAAGUGGAGGAACUGUGUUCAUGUGAUGUCUGGGCAGGAAUGAAAAAUGUUCCACGCACAGCUACUUAGAUGCAAUAGUGGUGAUCUGUGAAGGUACCUCUUCUGUCUUAAGUCUCGGAAUCUAGAAAAGUCAUUGCCAAUGUCAGAAUUUACUGAAAGGAGCUUCCCUUCUGUGGCACUUUGCCUUCCUUCCACAAUUGCUGGGCAAAUGUGUGCAUAUAUGGACCAAAUGAUUUGUAGCGGUGUUUCUAACAACUGCUUGUAGGUAAGUUUUGAGACAGUGAAAGAACUGGUCGUGUCCUGCAAGUUGGGAGGACUGGGGAGUGUUCAGUUGGUGUCCUGCUUGCCUGAUAACUUUCAUGAGUCUCCCAGGAAGGAACAGAGAUGGACUCAACUCUGAUGAAGUACUUCAGCCUUAGAGAAGACUAGGAAGACAUGCAGGACACAGGCCAGCAGUCAGAAUUUGAAUAUAAAUAUGAUGUAGUUAUUUUGGCAUGCUAUUUUUAGUAUUUUCUCAUUAUUCUUUUCAUUAAAAUAAAUUACUUUUUUUCCCCCCCCAUCGUUUUGAAUGCUUUUGGGUUUUUAUUUACUAAACUUGGGGGGGUUAAUUAGAUAGGCUUAGUAUGAGCAAAUAAUAAACUUUAGACUCCUUUUGCAGAAACAGUUUGCGGGAUCAACCAGUUUGUUGCAGGUUUGAGUGCUUUAUUUUAGAACAAAUUGAAAUAGUUAGGGUCCCAGCUGCCUGACCAAGUUAGGAGUGUCCAGAAGUUAGAGCAUGUUGUUGAAGGCACUGUCCAAAUACCUCCUGAAUGCUAGGAAGCCUAUUCCAGUGUUUGACCACUCUCACAGUAAAGAAAUUUUUCCUAAUGUCCAGUCUGAACCUCCCCUGGCACAGCUUUGUGCUGUUCCCAUGUGUCCUGUCAUCGGUUACCAGAGAGAAUUGAUUGAUUGAAGUUCUGUUGAAAUGACUGAUAAAAUUCCUACUGACAAAAGGGUCAGACCUUACUGAGGGAAGGAUAUCAGUAACCAUAUGGUAGCUCUGAAGAAUUUACUGUGAUGGAUUGUAAGUGACUUCUGUCACUUUACAGUCUAGCAUAUGGUCAUAUUUACAACUUCGUGACAAAAAAAAAAGCUGAUAAUGUACAUUCAUCAGCACUGUGGUUGAAGAGAAACUAUUAUGGUUCUGAAGUAUUACAGGUUGAAAUGAGCAGCUGGAAACAAACAUGGGUACUGUGCAGGUAUCAAGAGCUAAGAAAGCUUUUUGGUUUGUGUUCUGUUUGGAAGGGCAAAGAGUUUUGGAGGUGUUACGUGUGAAGACGUGUGUGGCUGAGUUUCAUGCAGGAUGCUUAGGGAGGAAUGGUAAGUUUUAAGGUGCUGUGUAAUAACUGGUAUAGCACUGAAUGAAGAAAGUCUUAAUAAGUAUCAAAUGGCUUAAGUUCUUCUGUUCUCAAAAUGUGCUGUAUACAUCUAUGGUGCAUCAGUAAACUGCACGUUUGUCACUCUGUCAUCUCACAGAUGUCUAUAACUAGGUAACACCUAAUCUGCUUUUUAAAAUGCAUCUACUUAAUGUUGAUUUGAGAUGUUCUAGAAUUAUUUGUUGUUACUGUUUCCUCCACUCUUUAAUCCUUUUGUAGUGGAACCUAGCCAGAUAAUGAUUUUCACAGUUGUAAACCUAGCUUGGCUGUAAAGGGAAGUUCAAACUUUGCCAUAUAAAAUGUUCAGCCUAGUUAAAAACAUAGGAGGGCACCCAAACAAUGCUUUCCAUUUGUGCACACUGAAUUUUACCUUGUUUAUCUCGAAUAUUUUGUAUUGCAUGUUGAUUAUAUUUUUACAUAUCCUAGUAGAACAAAAUAUAUUGAAAAAAAAAAA